AUGAAGACCGCGGCUGUUAUCGUUGCUUCGGUGAAAGCUAUUUCCUGUCCAACUGGCUACUACUGGAGCGGAUCAACCUGUUUAGACUACGAUGAAUGCAAUCCAACAACAACCACAACAACGACAACAACAACCACAACGACAGUAGAAACAACAACAACAAGCGAUUCAGCGGUGCCAGCUUUCCCGGGACUUUGCGAAGCUGGACCGAAGUUGGCAUAUCUUGAUGCUCUUGCGUACUGCCGCUCUUUUGGAGGAGAGCUUUUCAACCCACGAACAUUGAGGGAUAAACAAUUUCUUUCAACGAUCGAAGAGGACGUCUGGAUUGGGCCAAGGGCUCAAAAUGGUUUCUACCAAUAUUCCGAUAAUCUCGGCUGGGCGGAUCUGAGCUUCAUCGGUUGCAAGAAACCCGAAAAUCAAGGAUACAUGGCGAAAAAGAGCUGCAUCAAAUACAAGGACGGCGACGAGUGCGAUGAGGAUCACGAUUGCACCCACAAGCAUUACGUUCUUUGUUCCCAUCCGGGUUGGUUCGACUGCUCUCACUCGAGACCUGAAAAUUUUUGCCGAGUUUUGCCAAAAGCGACGUACAAUGAAGCGACAGUGAAUUGCGAGGCAAUGGGAGGGCAUCUUUUUAAUCCUCAAGAUGGCCAGGAUUGGGCUUUUGCGAUUGAUCAUUUCCGUGAGGAUAUUUGGAUCGCUCCGAAAUUUGCAAAUGGACGAUACGAAUUCGAAGGAAAGCCCAUGAGCGCCGUUUUCAAUUCGAUGUGUGGAAUCCGAUCAGCUCUUGAAGCUCCUGCUCAACGAAAAGGAGGACCAGAUGAAUGCAUCAAGCUCAAAAGGCCGACGAACGGUGUUCCUUGCCGAUCAAACGGGCUUGCUGGUCGCCGAAAGCGAUCUCUAGAAGACCCUUGCCCAGCAGAUCACACGUGUUUGAACCUCCCUGGCUUUUACCAGUGCAUCCCGCCUUUUUCAUGCUUCGACGGGGCUAAUGGCGGAUGCUCUCAUAUUUGCAACUCGAAGGAGCAAAAAUGCGAGUGCCCAGAAUGCUCAAUUCUCGAUUCGGACGGCAAAACUUGCAUCGUCGAUCCCAACUACAACCCUCAAGAUUGCCUCCUUGGCCCGAAUGCCGCUGCCAUCGGCGUCGUUGGGACAAAUUGCUGGACUGAUGUCACAUCUCCAACUACUGAACUAACAGUACCCCUCGGACAAUGUGGAACGCAGUUAGUUCAAACUCCAUCUGAACUGAAAUUCUCCACCAAUAUCAAAAUUACUCAACGAAAAACACCUCUUCAGAUGGCGAAUUUGGACCUAGACGUGAGCUGCUCGUUCAACUCAAUUUUAAGCGUUUCAACAAGCGCAAAUACGACCCAGCAAAGGGUGGAGUUCUCCGUGCCGCCAGGACGGGGUGAAUUUGAAUUCAUCGCCGCGUACUAUUUGGACGAAGCAAGAACAAAGCCAAUCACGACCGAGACGGUCAUCAAGCAAACUCAGCUCUUCUUCUCUGUCCGACCAAGUUAUAAAAUCGACGGACUGAAAUUCCACGUCAAAAAGUGUCGGAUUACAGAUGGAACAACUGAUUUUGAAAUUUUACAAAAUGGUUGUUUGAAUCCCCUUGCCACCCCCUUCGCCGUCCAGAAUUCCGAAGGCUGGCUGACCGACGAAUUCAAACUGAGCUACACUGCUUUCCAAUUCGCCGCUGGAACUAAUCCAACAAUGCUCGAAACAAUUUGCGAUAUCGUCGUCUGCAAUGGCGAUUUCUGCGACGACAGUCUUAUCAAUUCUUCUUGUUAG